GUAAUCUUAAUGAGGGUUGCACGUUGAUUUGCCAAAUCGGAUCGGUAUAUAAAGCUGAAAGCAACCCAAAAUGUGUAUUAAGUAACAGUCGGUUGUAACACAAGCGUUCAUUUGCUAAAAUAAUUAAGUGAUAACUCACCAUUCCAAAAUGAAGUUCCUUAUCAUUCUUGCUAUUUUGAUUGCCGUUGUUGCGGCCAACAGUGGUUAUGGCGGACGUGAUAGUCAUGGACAUGGUAACCAAGGAGUUGGAGGCGGUCGUGGAGGCAGUCAUGGAGGCAGUCAUGGAGGCCAAGGAGGAUUUGGUGGACACGACAGCGGCCAUGGUAGUCACGGAUCACACGGUAGUGGACGUGGUGGUCACGACCGAGGACAUAAUCGGGGUUAUUAAAAUCUAAAUCACAAAUCGAUAUAAAAACCAAGUUACUGAAUUAUUGAAUAAGGAAAAUAAAGUGAAUAAAUGAAUUUUUUUUA